UCUCCCUCUCCACUGUGUACUUUGGAAGGACAUCUUGAAGGGGUAUUGUGUGUAGACUACUUUACUCUUAGCGAUAAACCGUACCUUAUCACUUGCUCGGCUGAUCAGACUGCUAAGGUGUGGGACUACUAAAAACUAAGAGAUGCCUUGAGACACUUGGAGGUCAUACUAACUCUGUUACAGCAGUGUGUUUCCAUCCAGUGAUCCCAAUAAUUAUAACAGUAUCCGAAGAUGCAACUGCCUGCAUAUGGCAUGCCACCACGUUCAGGCUUGAGAAAACAUUGAAGUUGAAGUUUAACCCUACGAGAUGUUUUGCUAUCGGACACAGGAUUGGUUCAUACCAGGUUGUGUUUGGUUGCCUCCGUGCACCCGUUUUGAUGGAAUUUAGCCUUGAAAUACCAUUGGCUAGUAUGGACAAGAAGGGGACAAUUGUUUUUGCUAAACACAGGGAGAUAUACAUAGGGAGUGCCGCAGAUAAGGGUACUGGUGUUGAGAGACCCCGUUGGGGUUUUGAGAGACACCCUUGGGUUUUUAGGCAUUUGCUAACAACCUGUGAUUUUUAUCCUGAAAGCUUAGAGCACAGUCCUGAUGAUAAGUCUGUGGUUGUUUGUGGAGAUGGCAAGUACAUUAAUAUCAAAAAUUCCUUACCACAUAAAGUUGCAUCAUCUGGCUCGGCACUGGAAUUUGUUUUGUCAUCUAAGGGGGGACAUGCUGUCAAGGGAGAUUCGUCACAAAUCGAGAUCUUCAACAAGAACUUCGAGGUUCGUGAUUCCUUUUUGCACUUUCCUUUUUUU